AUGGCUUCCAAUGCCACUGCUGAUUCCCUCUUCAACGCCACUUCUGUAGCCAUCGACAAAGAUAAGAACAGCCAGCAUGCUGUUCGCUGGGCUGUCGAUAAUCUCGCAAGCAAUAACUCGGUUCUUGUCCUAAUUCAUGUCAAGCACAAAAACCAUCAAUAUCAAAUUGCUAAUGGUCAGGAUGGUGAUGAUGCUGAUGAGGCGCAUCAGCUUUUCACUCCCUACCGUGGAUAUUGCGCCCGUAAAGGGGUUCGUUUGAAGGAGGUUGUGCUUGAUGACAUUGAUGUUGCUCGGGCAGUUGCGGACUACAUCAACAUCAAUUUAAUUGGAAAUAUUGUGUUUGGUGCAUCAGGAAGAAAUGUUCUUACAAGGAAAUUCAAAAACCAAGAUGUGCCAACUAGCUUUAUGAAAAUUGCCCCAGAUUUUUGUUCUGUUUAUGUAAUCACCAAAGGAAAGAUCCUCUCCACCCAAAAAGCACAACGGACGCCUACUUAUAAUGUCCCACAGAAGACAGCAUCCAUGCCAGUAAUUCCAUCUCAAAGUCUACAGGAUAAUGCUGAACUAGAUUUGGAUGGAGUUAGGGCACAGUCCGAGAAAGGAGGGUGGAGAAGUGCCGAAGCAGGUGGAUUUCCUUUGGACAAGGUCAAUGAUCCCAUGAGAGGAUCACAAUCUGAGAGAGGCAGAAAUUCCAUCUCUAAUUUCUCUAUGGACAGCACUUACCUUCCCUCGUCCUGCGGAAGACCAUCAACUUCCCGUGUUUCUACAUCUGAUGGAUCUGAAUUUUCAGGAUUAUUCGCAACAUCAAUCAUGGACAGCUCAGCCCAAAGUUCAGAUUUCUCUGUUGCUUCAGCCUCUAAUCUGAAUGAGUCAAAUGCGGUAAGUGCAAAGUGGUGUUCAGUUGAUACCAUAUCGUUGGAUUAUGCAUUGCAGGACCAUUUAGAAGUUGAGAUGAGAAGGCUGAGGCUUGAGUUGAAGCAGACCAUGGAAAUGUAUAGCACAGCUUGCAAAGAAGCACUCUCAGCCAAACAGAAGGCUAGUGAACUUAAUCAAUGGAAGAUUGACGAGGUUCGUAAAUUUGAGGAAGCCAAGCUCGCAGGAGAGGCAGCCCUUGCCGUGGCAGAGUUGGAGAAGGCUAAGUGCAAAGUUGCCAUUGAAGCAGCUGAGAAAUCACAGAAACUAGCGGAGUUGGAAGGACAGAAAAGAAAACAUGCAGAGAAGAAAGCUGAGCGAGAGACAGAGGAGAAGAAUCGUGCUUUAAAUGCUUUGGCACAUAAUGAUGUGCGGUACAGAAGAUACACAAUCGAAGAGAUUGAAGAAGCCACGGAUAAAUUCUCACCAUCAAAUAAAAUUGGUGAAGGAGGAUAUGGACCUGUGUAUAAAGGCAAACUUGAUCAUACCCCAGUUGCAAUCAAGGCUUUAAGACCGGAUGCUGCUCAAGGAAAGAAGCAGUUCCAACAGGAGGUUGAGGUUCUCAGCUGCAUUAGACACCCACACAUGGUCCUUCUUCUUGGUGCCUGCCCUGAGUAUGGAAUCUUGGUAUAUGAAUACAUGGACAACGGAAGCUUGGAAGACAGGCUACUUCAAAAACACAACACCCCUCCAAUUCCAUGGGGCAUACGAUUCAAAAUAGCUGCUGAGAUUGCGACCGCACUUCUGUUCCUCCACCAAGCAAAGCCAGAGCCCCUCGUCCAUCGGGACCUUAAACCAGCAAACAUUCUUUUGGACAGCAACUAUGUGUGCAAAAUUAGUGAUGUGGGCCUCGCUCGGUUAGUCCCUCUUUCUGUAGCUGAUAGUGUCACACAAUACCACAUGACCUCUGCUGCAGGAACGUUUUGUUAUAUAGAUCCCGAGUAUCAACAAACAGGAAUGUUAACUACAAGAUCAGACAUAUACUCGUUGGGAAUAAUGUUUCUCCAAAUCAUCACAGCCAAGCCUCCGAUGGGUCUUGCUCAUCAGGUGGGGAGGGCCAUUGAAAGAGGAAAAUUUGCAGACAUGCUUGACCAAACAGUACCAGACUGGCCUGUGGAAGAGGCGUUAAGAUUUGCUGCACUGGCAUUGAAGUGUGCUGAAUUAAGGAAGAAAGACAGGCCAAGUCUUGCCACGGUUAUAGUGCCAGAGCUUAACCGGUUGAGAGACCUAGGAAUGAACACGGAGCAGCAAAGAAGCAAAGAUAAUCACCAGAGCCGAGAAGUCAACAGCAGAGGUCGUAGUCGCAGUCCCCUUUCACAUCCUCUGUCAACUUCACAGGGAAGGAUGCCAAAUGCUACUCAGGAGAACGCAUACAGGUCUUGUGGAAAGAGAACUAAGCAUGGCUCUAACCAAGAAAGCGGAUGA